AUGUCGAUAGUUCCCAUCAUUACCUUCAAAGCGGGUAUCUGUGACCUGGAUCACUCCAGCGACCCUCCCACCGUCAAGCCCAAGCCCACUCCCGGUUACAUCUACCUUUACUCCGAAGAUGACCUGGUACAUUUCUGCUGGCGCCCACGCAGUGCCCCCCACACCGAGCCUGAAAUCGACCUCGUGAUGGUUCCCUCAGAUGGAAGCUUCACACCUUAUCAACCCGCCGGAAAGGGCGCGCCCACAAACGGUCGCAUCUACGUCUUGAAGUUUUCGUCUAGCUCCCAACGCUACUUGUUCUGGCUACAGUCGAAGUCUCAGCAUGAGAGAGGGGAACUGAGCUGGUUCAGCCCAAGAGACCUCCGACUGGGGGAGAUCGUGAACACCUUGCUCCAGGGCGAGGAUGUGGAUGUGGAACAUGAGAUUGCGAACCUGCCGAGAGGCCCCUCCGGUGGCGGCGACGACGACGAGACCAUGGAGGAUGUGGAAGGUGUCGACCACGAUCCCAAUCACAACCACGGUGGUAGCAGUGGCGGAGCAGGUCCCGACGCUACGGGUGGAGAUAUUCGAGAGGAAGGGGAAGAGUCGCGGGAAGGAGGUGCCGACGGCGGAAGAGCAGCUGCCGCUGAGUCGGACCCCUCGUCGGUGGUGCAGAGCUUGUUGCAAUCUUUACAAGGGAAUACCGACCAGUCCCAAGACUCGGAGAGAGCGUUUACUACUCUACAAGAUCUCCUUCCGCCUUCCAGCACCCUCCCUUUUGUCGAGUCGGCCGAUGCCAAAACGGUGGACCAUCUCUUGAGCUUUCUCCCUCCGGCCCUACUCCUACUGGCCCAAGACGUGGAUGAUCUGUCUGCCGUGGACAACCCGGAACUGGCGGCUGCCGUGAUGGAAUCGCUUGACCUCUCGCAGAAGAAAGUCAUUCUCAAGAAAGUUCUUCACUCGCCUCAGUUUGCACAGAGUCUGGCCAGUUUGACGGUGGCGAUCCGCGAUGGCGGAUUGCCAAGCAUUAGUGAAGCUCUGAAAAUCCCGGUUGAGAAUGGAGGGUUUAUGCGUCACGGAGGUGUUCCACUGGGUGGUGGAGAUGCUGUCGAGGCCUUCCUCCGAGGCGUCCGGAACCAUGUCAAGGAGUCGGAAGGAAACCGCAUGGAGACGGAUUAA